CUGUUGCUGCAAUGGUCUUGAUGAAGGGGAAUGAUGUACUUAAUGGUUCCGGAGGUCCUGGCUUUGAAGGGGGGGAAUAUGACCACCAACAUCAGCAAUCAGAUUCUUCAAGCGGCACUAGAGAUAGUUCUGGUAGUUGUAAUCCUGACCUUUUUGGAGCAUCUUCUGACAGGAACACAACUAUGCUUAUUGCAGACCCAGAUCCACUGAUGCGAUGGUCACAGCAUCGAGAAUCAACUUCUCAAGAAGACAGUAGUUGUGUAGGAGCACGACUCGGGGUGCGAUCCUCUAGUA